AUGGAACCCGUUUUGCGUCCGGACCGGUUGGAUUUGGACCCUCAAGACCCUGACGCAGCUCUCGCUUUUGAACACUGGCUUGCAUGCUUCCAAUCGUACUUGGCGGAGCUUCGUGCGACUGAACCCGCCGUUAUGCACAGAAUCCUACUCUCGAGGGUCUCCUCCAAAGUUUACUCCUUUAUCCGGGACCUGCCGACCUACGAAGGGGCACUGGACGCCCUCAAACGACAGUACCUGCGGCCGGUGAACACCGUCUACGCAAGACAUCGCUUAGCUACCCGGCAACAGCGGCCUGGCGAAUCGUGCGCUGAGUUUCUCCGAGCACUACAGACACUCGUCCGAGCUUGUGACUGCAAGACGCUCACGGCAGAACAGCAUGCGGAGCUGCUGGUGCGAGAUGCCUUUGUGACGGGACUGAGGUCAGUGUACAUGCGCCAGCGGCUGCUGGAGAACUCGGAUCUUACCUUAAGCUCGGCGAUAGAGAAGGCCAACGCUCUAGAAGCUGCUUUGCAUAACGCCGACGCUGUCCAGUCGCGCGAUUCCCCGCCGGUUUCGUGGACGCCUCAGACCCCGCCACCGCCGGCUCCCGGGAGCGAAUUCGCCAACGCCGCCGCCAGUCGCGAUUCCACGAGCUCCCCGACCCAGACCACGGCUGUGGCCCGUAAGAAACUCGUGCUUACACACGCACACACACAUCCCAUCCAGAACCAGGCCAACAGCUGCGCUACCGACACUUGCAGCCUCUCCACUCUCAAGAUCCCUCCCCCACCGCUGUUCGCCAACCUGACCCCCGACUGUAAACCUGUGGCAACCAAAAGCAGGAGGUACAGCGCGGGGGACCGGGCCUUCAUUCAGUCGGAGGUGCAGCGGCUGCUCAGGGAGGGGAUCAUUGAGCCGAGCACAAGCCCUUGGAGGGCCCAGGUGGUUGUUGUUCGGACUGGGCAGAAAAAUAGGAUGGUGGUGGACUAUAGUCAAACCAUCAAUAGGUUUACGCAGCUUGACGCAUACCCCCUACCCCGCAUCGCGGAUAUGGUCAACCAGAUUGCUCAGUAUAAGGUGUACUCGACAAUAGAUCUGAAAUCCGCUUAUCACCAGCUCCCCAUCUGCCCAGAGGACCGCCCCUACACCGCCUUCGAGGCGGGCGGCCGGCUCUAUCACUUCUUGCGCGUCCCUUUCGGUGUCACGAAUGGUGUCUCUGUCUUCCAGAGGGAAAUGGACCGGAUGGUGGACCAGUACCAACUGCAGGCCACAUUUCCCUAUCUGGAUAACAUCACCAUCUGUGGUCAUGACAGGCCAGAUCACGACGCCAACCUCCAACGGUUUCUCCAAGUGGCCGCAGCUCUGAACCUUACUUAUAACAGGGACAAGUGUGUUUUUGGUACCACCCGCCUUGCUAUACUUGGGUAUGUCGUGGAAAACGGGGUUAUUGGGCCUGAUCCCGAACGUAUGCGCCCCCUGUUAGAGCUCCCUCUUCCCACCACUCUCAAGGCCCUCAGACGGUGCCUGGGGUUUUUUUCCUAUUACGCCCAAUGGGUCCCCCAUUACGCAGACAAGGCUCGCCCCCUGGUCAAGUCUACCUCGUUUCCCCUCUCUGCUGAGGCCUGCGCGGCCUUCAACUGCAUUAAAGCGGACAUUGCCAAAGCUACGAUGCAUGCAGUGGACGAGACCGCUCCCUUCCAAGUGGAGUGUGAUGCCUCCGAUUUCGCUCUGGCUGCUACCCUUAAUCAGGAAGGCAGACCAGUAGCAUUCUUUUCCCGCACCCUCCAAGGCUCUGAAAUUCGGCACUCCGCGGUGGAGAAAGAAGCCCAGGCCAUAGUGGAGGCUGUUAGGCACUGGAGGCACUAUCUUGCUGGCAAAAGAUUCACUGUGCUGACCGACCAGCGCUCGGUUGCGUUCCUGUUCAGCAACCAACAGCGGGGCAAGAUCAAAAAUGAUAAGAUUUUGCGGUGGAGGAUAGAACUCUCCACCUACACCUAUGAUAUCCUGUACCGGCCUGGCAGACUCAAUGAGCCCCCUGAUGCCCUAUCCCGGGGAACAUGUGCUAGCACACAGCUCGACCAGCUGUACGCCCUUCAUGCACAACUUUGCCAUCCGGGGGUCACCCGAUUUUACCAUUUUGUGAAAGCUCGGAACCUGCCGUACUCCAUGGAGGACAUCAGGACGAUGACCAGGGACUGCCAAAUUUGUGCCGAGUGCAAACCGCACUUCUACUGUCCUGACACGGCACAACUUGUCAAGGCCACCCGCCCUUUUGAACGCCUGAGUGUUGACUUUAAGGGCCCCCUUCCCUCCACUGACCGCAAUGUCUAUUUUCUCAGUGUUAUUGACGAGUUCUCACCGUUCCCCUUUGCCAUCCCCUGCCCCGACACCACUGCCACGUCCGUCAUAAAAGCCCUGCGCCAGCUCUUCACUCUGUUCGGGUAUCCCUGCUAUAUCCACAGUGAUAGAGGGUCCUCCUUUAUGAGUGAGGAGCUGCGCCAGUACUUGCUAGCUAGGGGCAUUGCUACCAGUCGGACCACGAGUUAUAAUCCCCGGGGUAAUGGCCAGGUAGAGCGGGAGAAUGCCACAGUGUGGAAGGCCACACUUUUAGCCCUUAAGUCCAAAGGGUUGCCGGUCUCUCGAUGGCAGGAGGUCCUCCCUGAGGCACUGCACUCUAUCCGCUCUCUGUUAUGUACGUCCACCAAUGCCACCCCUCACGAACGCCUAUUCUCUUUUCCCAGGAAGUCUGUCACUGGGACCACCCUACCAGUUUGGCUGACGUCCCCAGGGCCAGUGCUGCUCCGGAAACAUGUGAGGAGCAAUAAAUACUCCCCGCUGGUGGAGAGGGUUCACCUUCUCCAUGCGAACCCCCAGUAUGCUUACGUGGUCUUACCUGAUGGGCGGGAGGACACGGUCUCCAUCCGCGACCUGGCACCCGCAGGUGCAGCAGACCACUACCCUGAAGGCUCUCCGGUAACUGUGAACCCUGCACCAGAGGUGACACCGUACUCACCAGGCCCUACACAGACUCCUCACGACACUUGUAUACCGGGCGUUUCGUACGCAUUUAUACCAGGCGCCUCGCACAUGCAUGAGGGAUCACCGGCGCCUAGUGGGCAAGAACACGCGCAACCCCCGUCCCCUGUGCAAUCGCCAAUGUUGCCGGCACCUAUGCGGUCACAGCCGGUGCUACGUAGAUCGCAGCGACAGAUUCGACCGCCUGAUCGGCUUGACUUGUAAGAACCUUCGCUACAUGAGGACUUUUUCAAACGAAGGGGGGGUGAAUGUGGUGAACUAUGUGCCUGUCGGGACACGCCCCUGCUGACUGCUCCUGUGGCUCCUCCCACAGGCCCCUGUAUAAAGGAGACCUGCGGCCUGAAGAUCGGCCUCAGUCUCCAGGACCUUGUAUGAUAGACACUCACUCCUGGUUCCUUCUUCCAGUCAAUAAAAGCCGAUAUCUCG